AAGUUAAAAUGAAUAAUGAAUUGGUGUCCGAUAAAAUCAUUUAAAACGGAACCUUCCUUUUCAUUUCAUUUCAUUUCUUCUUCACUUGUUGACUCACUCACUCGCUCACUCACUCGCUCACUCACUCGGUCUUCGUCUUCCUCAACUCUUUCUUCUUCUUCUCAGAAAGGGAUUAUCAAGAUGAGUUCAAGAAGGGCAUCUUCAUAUUCUUCAUCAAGCAAAGGUAAAGCUGUAGCAAAUAAUUUUGAGCAGCUGAGCCAAUCUGUGGAAGGUCUUUCUCUGGAGUCAUCCCAAGACAGCGGCAAGUGGGAGGAAGUGACUACUAAAAAAUCGAAGAACAGAGCUGGAAAUGGAUACAAUGCUGCUAAACCAUGGCCUACUCAAAAUUCCAGCCCCAAUGCAUGGGCUAAGAAGCCUGUUGUUGGAGGAAACCCGAGGCCAUUAUCAUCCGCUUCCCCUCCGCAGCCUUACCAAAAGGCCCCUCAGCCUCAAUCCAUCAUUCCCCCGCCAUUACAGAAUGGAUGGAACUGGCAAUCAAGACCAGCGUCACAACAACAUCUGGAUAAACCCCAAGUAUCUAAUCCUUCUUUCGAUGAGGAGGAUGAUGAUGAUGAAGUCCAGGAACAUGAUGACGAGUCUGAUGAAUUGGAGGAUUACAGUGAUGAUGAUGAAGAUUUUGACUCCGAUUCGAGCGAGAAGAGCCAUGAUGCUCUUAAAAAAACGAAAUGGUUUGUUAAAUUUUUCAAGAUCAUUGAUGAUCUGAAAGUUAGUGAGAUAAAUGAUCUUGAAAGGCAAUGGCACUGCCCAGCGUGCCAAGGUGGUCCUGGCUCCAUUGAUUGGUUCAAAGGCUUGCAGCCCCUAAUGGCUCAUGCCAAAACUAAAGGGGGUGACAGGCUGAAACUCCAUAGGCAGUUCGCUAAAAUUUUGGAGGUGGAGUUGCGGAAUAAAGGAACUUCAGUUGUACCUCCUGGUGAAACUUUUGGCAAAUGGAAGGGAUUACAAGAGGAGGAAAAGGAUCAUGAGAUAGUCUGGCCUCCCAUGGUUAUUGUCAUGAACACCAAGCUAGAGCAAGAUGAAAAUGAGAAGUGGAUUGGGAUGGGUAACCAAGAGUUGCUAGAACAUUUUGACACCUACCAUCCUGCUAAGGCUCGACAUGCAUAUGGUCCACAAGGCCAUCGGGGGAUGAGUGUUCUGAUUUUUGAGGCAUCAGCUAGGGGCUACUUGGAGGCUGAACGCCUCCAUAAGCAUUAUGUAGCAAAAGGAUCAGACAGGGAUGCUUGGAAUCGGCGUAAUCGAAUCUUGUUUUUACCUGGUGGGAAUCGCCGUCUUUAUGCUUUUCUGGCUGUUAAAGAAGACUUGGAUCUUUUUAACCAGCAUUCACAAGGGAAGUCAAGGCUGAAGCAUGAGAUGCGAUCAUAUCAUGAAACGGUCGUGACUGAGAUUAGACAGAUGAGUGAGGACAAUCAACAGCUUGGCUACUACAAGGACAAAUACUCCAGAGAACAUUUGCAUAAUAAAAGUCUCAAAGCAUCUAUGGUUAAGGUUUCUAAUAGGCUGCGCCAAACUUUGGAACAAAAUCGAAUUGUGAGGGAGAGGAGCAAGAUGCAGCAUGACGAGAACACAGAAGAGAUGAAGGAGCAAGAGGAGUUCUUUAAGGAACAACUGAAGAUCAUCCAAGAAUCAAGAGAGGAAAAGGAGGAAAAUUUUGAGCGGAUACAACAGGAAGAACGUGAAAAGGUUUCCAAAUCAAAGGCUAAGACUUCAAAGAAUGCAGGAGCUGAAGAAAUCUCCAAAUUUGUGGAGCUACAAGAUAAGGAGAUGGAACUUUAUGUGGAGGAGAGGGAGAAACUCGAAAAAGCUCACGAAGAGAAGAUUAAAGAAAUGAAAAAGAGACAUUUUGAGGAGGAAGUACAACUUGAGAAGGAGCUGAAUGAGAAGUUGGCACUUCUCAUGGAAAAGUACUCUCCUCUCCAUCCCAAAGAGUAAUGUUCAAAUUAAAUUUAAAUAUAUUGGUAUCAAAAUCUUGCUUCUUCAUUGUGGACUCCAAACAAUUUACCAAUCUGCUAAAAAUGUUUACAACAUAAUUAGGUUAUUAAUGUCUUUUUAAGUUUUUGGUUUGUUUUAGUAUGUAAUCAAUCUCUCUUUGGAGAAAAUUUUCACAAUUAUAUCCAAAUAUUCUGGCAUCUUGAACAUGUAAAUAAUAUACAUUUUACAAAGCUUUGUAAUU